AUGUCCCUGCAGAUGGUUACAGUGGGUCAUAACAUAGCCUUAAUUCAACCAGGCUUCUCACUGAUGAAUUUUGAUGGUCAAGUUUUUUUCUUUGGCCAAAAAGGCUGGCCUAAGAGAUCCUGCCCUACUGGAGUCUUUCAUUUUGAUAUAAAACAAAAUCAUCUCAAACUGAAGCCUGCAAUUUUCUCUAAAGAUUCUUGCUACCUCCCACCUCUUCGUUACCCAGCUACUUGCUCGUACAAAGGCAGCACAGACUCUGACAAGCAUCAAUAUAUCAUCCACGGAGGGAAAACGCCAAACAAUGAGCUUUCCGAUAAGAUUUAUAUCAUGUCUGUCGCUUGCAAGAAUAACAAAAAAGUUACUUUCCGUUGUACAGAGAAAGACUUAGUAGGAGAUGUCCCUGAAGCCAGAUAUGGCCAUUCCAUUGACGUGGUAUAUAGCCGAGGAAAAAGUGUGGGUGUUCUCUUUGGAGGACGGUCAUACAUGCCUUCUACCCAAAGAACCACAGAAAAAUGGAAUAGUGUAGCUGAUUGCCUACCCCAUGUUUUCUUGGUAGAUUUUGAAUUUGGGUGUGCUACAUCAUAUAUUCUCCCAGAACUUCAGGACGGGCUGUCUUUUCAUGUUUCUAUAGCCAGAAAUGAUACCAUUUAUAUUUUGGGAGGACACUCACUUGCCAGUAACAUACGUCCUGCUAACUUGUAUAGAAUAAGAGUAGAUCUUCCCCUGGGUACCCCAGCGGUGAAUUGCACUGUCUUGCCAGGAGGAAUCUCUGUCUCCAGUGCAAUCGUCACUCAAACAAAUAAUGAUGAAUUUGUUAUUGUUGGUGGUUAUCAGCUGGAAAAUCAAAAAAGGAUGGUGUGCAGCAUUGUCUCUCUAGGGGACAACAGGAUUGAAAUUAGUGAGAUGGAGACCCCAGACUGGACCCCAGAUAUUAAGCAUAGCAAAAUAUGGUUUGGAAGCAACAUGGGAAACGGGACUGUUUUCCUUGGCAUACCAGGAGACAACAAGCAGGCUAUGUCAGAAGCAUUCUAUUUCUAUAUGUUGAGAUGCUCUGAAGAUAAUGCGAGUGAGGAGCAGAAAAUUGUCUCAAACAGUCAGACAUCAACUGAAGAUGCUGGGGACUCCACUCCCUUUGAAGACUCAGAAGAAUUUUGUUUCAGUGCUGAAGCAACCAGCUUUGAUGGUGAUGAUGAAUUUGACACCUACAAUGAAGAUGAUGAAGAUGAUGAAUCUGUAACCGGUUACUGGAUAACGUGUUGCCCUACUUGUGAUGUGGACAUCAAUACUUGGGUUCCGUUCUAUUCAACUGAGCUCAAUAAACCCGCCAUGAUCUAUUGUUCUCAUGGGGAUGGACACUGGGUGCAUGCCCAGUGCAUGGAUCUGGAAGAACGCACACUCAUCCACUUGUCAGAAGGAAGCAACAAAUAUUACUGCAAUGAGCAUGUGCGGAUAGCAAGAGCAUUACAAACUCCCAAAAGAAACCUCCCCUUACAAAAGCCCCCAAUGAAAUCCCUCCACAAAAAAGGCUCCGGAAAAGUCUUGACUCCUGCCAAGAAAUCCUUUCUUAGGAGGUUGUUUGAUUAG